AUGUCACCUGGCAAUCCACUAGAGGGACAGUUAAGUUGCCACCUGACAAUUAAUUCACGAGAGGGACAGUUAAGUUGUCACCUGACAAUUAAUCCACGAGAGGGACAGUUAAGUUGUCACCUAACAAUUAAUCCACUACACGGACAGUUAAGAUGUCACCUGACAAUUAAUCCACUAGAGGGACAGUUAAGUUGUCACCUAACAAUUAAUCCACUACACGGACAGUUAAGAUGUCACCUGACAAUUAAUCCACUAGAGGGACAGUUAAGUUGUCACCUGACAAUUAAUCAACUAGAAAGACAGUUAAGUUGUUACCUAACAAUUAAUCCACUAGAGGGACAGUUAAGAUGUCACCUGACAAUUAAUCCACUAGAGGGACAGUUAAGUUGUUACCUGACAAUUAAUCCACUAGAGGGACAGUUAAGUUGUUACUUGACAAUUAAUCCACUAGACGGACAGUUAAGAUGUCACCUGACAGUUAAUCAACUAGACGGACAGUUAAGAUGUCUUCCGACAAUUAAUCAACUAGAGGGACAGUUAAGUUGUCACCUGACAAUUAAUCCACUAGACGGACAGUUAAGAUGUCACCUGACAGUUAAUCAACUAGACGGACAGUUAAGAUGUCUUCCGACAAUUAAUCCACGAGAGGGACAGUUAAGUUGUCACCUGACAAUUAAUCCACUAGACGGACAGUUAAGAUGUCACCUGACAAUUAAUCCACUAGACGGAUAG